UUAAAGAAGGGAACCAAAAGCAAAGCACAAGAAGGGAGAGGACGGCGAGCGACUGGUCUUGCCCCAAAACCCCGCUCUCAUCUCGCCAAAACCCCCAAGCGAAGCCACCUCUCUGUCCCUCUACACCUUUUCGCUAGCAGCCUGCUCGGAAGCAAUCGCAGAGGGGGGAGAAGCUGCCGCGCAGGAGAAGAGGCGGCAGCGGCGGUGUGUAGGCUGCUUGCUGCAGGGUGAGGAGGGGAGGGUGCACACGCUUUUUGCCGGCGGCGGCGGUUUUGGAAUGCAGCAGCAGCAGCACCUGAUGCAGAUGAACCAGAGCAUGAUUGGGGGCUACGCCUCCCCUACCGCGGUCACCACCGAUCUCAUCCAGCAGUACCUGGAUGAGAACAAGCAGCUGAUCCUGGCCAUCCUCGACAACCAGAACAAUGGGAAGGUGGAGGAGUGCGAACGGCACCAAGCCAAGCUCCAGCACAACCUCAUGUACCUGGCGGCCAUCGCAGACAGCCAGCCACCACAGACGGCACCGCUGUCACAGUACCCGUCCAACCUGAUGAUGCAGCCGGGCCCUCGGUACAUGCCGCCGCAGUCGGGGCAGAUGAUGAGCCCGCAGUCGCUGAUGGCGGCGCGGUCCUCCAUGAUGUACGGGCACCCGUCCCUGUCGCCGCUCCAGCAGCAGCAGGCGGCGCACGGCCAGCUGGGCAUGGCCUCGGGUGGCGGCGGCGGCGGCGGCACGACUAGCGGGUUCAACAUCCUCCACGGCGAGGCCAGCAUGGGCGGCGGUGGUGCGGGUGCCGGCGCCGGCAACAGCAUGAUGAACGCCGGCAUGUUCUCGGGCUUCGGCCGCCCUGGCAGCGGCAGCGGCGCCAAGGAGGGGUCGAGCUCGCUCUCGGUCGACGUCCGGGGCGGCGCCAGCUCCGGCGCGCAGAGCGGGGACGGCGAGUACCUGAAGGCCGGCACCGAGGAGGAAGGCAGUUAAGACGCUGUCGUCGCUGGCACGGGCACCGGCAUAACGGCGGCGGCAGCAGGAUUAGCAGGUAGCUUUGAGGAACGAGGAGGGGUAGUAGUGUAGUAGUGGUAGCACUAGCUAAUAGUAUGUGGUCGGUAAGGUAGGUUUGUUCCAUGGGAACCUGGAGGUGGUAGUGACCAGCACCGCUGCAUGCUGGGUCACUUGUUUUGGAUGUGCGUGGCAGGUUCUCUCCCCAAGAUGAUGAUGUAGUAUGGAACGUUGAUGGUGGCCCUCUUGCGCGAACAACUCUAUGCUGUAUUGAUGGACUUGAUGAUCUUGACCAAAAACUUCACUACUGCCUUA